AUGACAUACCUCCCUCGAGCUUCUCUGCGUCUCUCUAAAAGGCCCUUCCUUAUCGCACAAAGAACAUGCCCUUUGGUUCCUCUUUUGAGAACUAUCCAAUCGCCCGUUGUUUUCCCAAGAUGGCAAACGACCCAAACCAACAAACUACCACCCGGCGACGUCACUUCCCACGAUACCCCAGAUCUGUCGCAUUUAAAUCCACCACCAGAAGAGUACUCGCGCUUCAUCUUCCAAGAUAAAUGCCAUGUCACGAUGCAUGCGGGUAGUGGGGGCCAUGGCUGUGUCGCAUACCAGCGUGAGAAAUAUAUCGAAGAAGGCCCGCCGAAUGGAGGUGAUGGUGGAAGUGGAGGAAGUCUCUACAUCCAGGCCGUCGAAGGCAUGACGAGCCUACAUAAACUUGCCCGCAGGGGUAUCAUCAAAGCCAGUCGAGGCAGGAGUGGUCAAGGCAAGAGCCAAGGUGGGAAACGUGGUGAGGAUAUUCUCAUCCAAGUUCCGGUCGGCACCGUUGUGCGCGAGGUGGAGCGUCAUGACCCCGUUGCAGAAGAGCUGGCUCGAAUGCGACGAGCAAAGGAGGAACCAAAGGAGGAACCGAUGGAUGAGGACGCAAUUGAGUUUACACCGGUCCGACACGAUCGCUGGGUAAUCCACCCUGCCGCCAACCCUGCCGAUUUCCUAACCGUGAAGUUUCCCCGACUCAAACCCCGCCGACAACAUAUCGCAGCGAUGGAACCAAAAGCUCCUAUAUAUCUCGACCUGUCGCAUCCAAUGGACAAACCUCUGCUUCUGGCUGCGGGUGGUGCGGGUGGUUUGGGAAAUCCACACUUUACCACUCAGACCAUGGGUCGGCCAAAAUUCGCAUCCCGUGGCGAAGGAGGCAUGAGGCUAGAGCUUGACUUUGAGCUCAAGCUUUUGGCAGAUGUCGGAUUGGUCGGUAAACCGAAUGCAGGAAAAAGUACGCUGUUGCGUUCGUUGACCAACAGCCGCACGAGGAUUGGCAACUGGGAAUUCACGACUCUAACACCUCACAUCGGUACUGUGAUUGUCGAUGAUCACAAAGGCCGACCGCUCGUUGAGUCGAAAUCUCGACGCACCCACUUCACAAUUGCAGAUAUUCCCGGGUUGGUGGAAGACGCCCAUCUUGAUCGUGGUCUUGGCCUAGGAUUCCUUCGACAUAUUGACCGGGCAGGUAUCUUAGCCUUCGUUCUUGAUCUUAGUGCCGGAGACCCUGUCCAGGAGCUGCAGAAACUCUGGCUUGAACUUGGUGCGUAUGAGAAACUGCGUGAUAGCGGGUCUAAAGAGCCUGUUUCCCAAGAGACUGAGGGGGACCAAAGUAUCGAGCUACCUAUCGCGGAGGAAGAAUCGGCUGGACAGGCACUCAACUAUCAAUCAUCUGGGUCACUACCCUUCCUUCCCAUGCCACCCAUCCACACGAAGCCUUGGUUUGUUGUUGCGACCAAGGCUGACUUGGAAGACACCCGGGAGCAAUACCAGGCCCUACAAAAGUACCUGUCUGAAGUUCAGAAUGGCACCGUCGAGCAUCCUUCUGGCCAUGCGGGUGGAUGGAAGGGGAAAGUGACUGCUCUUCCUGUUAGCGCCAUGCGUGGCGAAGGGGUGUCGCGUAUCCCAAAGUUGGUGAUGCAAUAUUUGGAGUGA